AUUUUUAAAAUUUUUUGUCAAAAAUCUCAUCUGGGUUUUGUUUUUCUUGAUAUGGGUAUAGAUUAUUCCUUAAAAAGAUUCAAUCUUUGAUAUGAAAAACAUGAAAUCUUCAUCUAAUUUCAUAGUGCCCUCAAGGUGUUUGUGAAUUUGUCUUAAAGAACAAAUUUUUUUUGUAUUUUUAAAUUUUUUGUUCUUUUGAAGCUAUGCAAUCAAGGUUAGUAACAAUGGAAGAAGGCAAAGACUCGAUAAAAACAAAUCAAACUAGGGUUUUCCCGUUUAAGUUACUUAGAUUUAUGUUAGUUCUUUUAGUAAUAGGCAUUGUUUUAUCAAUCAUUAGUAUACGAAUGAAUCGAAAUAUGGGCAUUCGAAAUAUGGUUCCAAGAAUAAUAACACAACCUUGUUUUGAACAACCUUUAAGUUUGCAAAGUUUGAUUAGACCUCCAUUAAGUUAUAUGCAUAGUUUGAAUGAUAGUGAGUUGUUAUGGAGAGCUUCAUUUGUACCUCAAAUUACAGAAUAUCCUUUUAAACGAAUACCGAAAAUUGCAUUUAUGUUUUUGACUAGAGGACCUUUGCCAAUGUCACCAUUGUGGGAGAAGUUUUUUGAUGGAAAUGAGGGACUUUAUUCCAUUUAUGUUCAUUCUUUGCCUCAUUAUCAACCAAACUUUACGACAUCUUCAGUAUUUUAUGGCAAGCAAGUUCCUUGUCAGACGGUGGAAUGGGGAAGGAUGAGCAUGUGUGAUGCUGAGAGAAGACUUCUAGCCAACGCUUUGCUUGACAUCUCAAACGAGUGGUUUGUACUCCUAUCAGAAGCAUGCAUACCGCUUUACAAUUUCAGCAUUGUUUAUCGUUACAUAUCAAGAUCCAGGUUCAGCUUCAUGGGUGCGAUUGAUGAGCUAGGCCCGUAUGGCAGGGGUCGAUAUAAUCCUAACAUGUUACCCGAAGUCGACAUUUCCCAAUGGCGAAAAGGGUCUCAAUGGUUUGAAACCAACAGAAAUCUUGCGGUUGAUAUCAUCAAAGAUACCAAAUUUUACCCCAAAUUUGAGCAAUUUUGUAGACCUGCUUGUUAUGUUGAUGAGCAUUAUUUCCCUACAAUGCUCACAAUCCAAUCCCCACAUUUAUUGGCAAAUAGGAGUCUUACUUAUGUAGAUUGGUCAAGGGGUGGUGCUCAUCCGGCGACAUUUGGGAAGAAUGAUAUUACAAGGAACUUUUUCAAGAAAAUCUUAGAAGAUCAAACUUGCAUUUAUAAUAAUCAACCAACUUCAGUUUGCUUUCUCUUUGCAAGAAAGUUUGCUCCAAGUGCUCUCGAUGCAUUGUUACAACAUUCCUCUGAGUUCUUUGGCUACUAAUUAACUGUAUCUCUAGAUAGCUUUUUUGCACUUGCAAUCUUGCAUGAUAGAUGAUUAGAUGGAACCUUACUAGGCAUUAUUGAACAGUUUAUGGCUGAAUAAUAAUGUUACAUCCCUAUGAUGUAGUUGACAGUUGUAUAAUACAAAAUGGGAGUGUACCCAUCUGUUUAUUAA